UGAAGAUGCUAGACAAGGAGCGACGUAAGAAGAAAAGCAAGGAAAAAGAUCAAUCGAAUGCAAUCGUUCAAGAUUCCUCGACGAGUGAAGAAAAAUCCAACAACGGUUUGAACAAUGAAACAAAUCCAUAUGACGUUGUUUGCCCAGCGUCAUUUGGAAAAAAUUCGUCCGAUCAGGCAAAAUCAUCACAUGUUUCCAAACAUACUGAAAUACGUACCGAUCAAGUAUUUGUGACUGACUUUGUGCUUGUGGUUAAGAAAACAGAAACUGAGUCGAGUCUUGUGUUGAAUGGUCGAGCAGCGUUGUGGGCGGGACGUGAUGAUAUGUCAUCAUCUGAGGAUGAAUCUGUGUCAAAAGAACCACAUCAACAUCGUUUUACAAAACCAGACAAUUUCAAAGCAUUACUAGAAAGUGGAGCUAUUUCCGAUGCUCACAUGGUUCACGAAGCACGUAAAAAAGGCAAUUGGUACGAGAAUUGGGUGAUUUCAUUCCAAUUGAAGACAAUAAGCAAGUAGAUAAUAAAAAAGGACGGCUAAUACGUGAAGAAGCUGAAGAUGAUGUAUCGGACGAAGAGCGAGUUGAUAUGUCGGCCAUAACGGGACAAAAGGAAUUGGAUGAAAGACGAGAAAAUCUUUAUUCUGUUCAAGGACAUGGUUAGAUUAACAACAUUUUCCGUUGAAAUAAUUGAUCAAGAGUCAUAAUAUUUAU